AUGAACGGACUUGAGCACCAAAGGGAUGAGCCAUACCCAUUCCUACCGAAAACUCCUACGGAAAGGCCGGGCCCAUACAGACCGGCGGCCUCGACCAGCGACGCCCUGAACAAAGCAAGGUGCAUGCAGCGUCAGGAACAGAGAAUAGCUCCACUGCCUGCCAGGUGCAGAAUUGCGGCACGGCUGUGUUGGUUGUGCAGUGCCAAAAGCCCAGCAGCAAUGGUCAACCCUCCAUAA